AGUCACAAAGAUGGAAGGUUGCAGGAUGGAGGAGAGGACCAUGAGAUCUCUGAGGGCAGGGUGGAAUGCCAGGGAUGGGGUUGCCAAAGGCAACCUCCUACACUGAGAGCCCCACCCCCAAUCCCAUUCCCAAACCUCUUGCACUGGGAGUGAACGGUGGAUAAGAGCAAGGGUUCUGCAGCCAGGACCCCUGGGUUCCAGUCUCCGCUCCCUCACACUUGAGCCAUGCCACUGAAUCACUCCAUUGCUCAACUUCCUCAUCCGUGAUACGGGGCUGAUGAUCACAGAGGCCACCAACACAGGAAUGUUGCCGGGCUCCCACGAGUUCAUCUAUGCAAAGUGCUUAGCACCCAGUGAGGCUCAGAGGGUAUUUGUCUCUCAGUCGUGACACUUGCUUUUGUUUUCUCUCCAGACUUUGGAUAAGCACUCCCUGUGAAGCCCUCCCUGCCAUCCCCGCUGCCUCCUUCCCCCAUCCUCUCAGCCCCUCCUGCUGAUGCCUGCAGGACCCUUCCCCUUCCCCUGCUCCCCACCUCCCCUCUACCAUGUGUUCUUUUCGUCCCUGCUGGACCUGCUGCUGUCUACUCCUCCUCUCCCUGGAAGUCCGGGGGUCCCCAAAGCCUCCCAAUGCUGCCCCCGAGCAAGUGCACUUGUCCUACCCAGGUGAGCCAGGCUCCAUGACUGUAACCUGGACCACAUGGGUCCCAGUGCCCUCUGAAGUGCAGUAUGGGCUCCAGCCUUCUGGGCCCCUGCCCUUUCGGGCUCGGGGCACCUUCAGCCUCUUUGUGGAUGGGGGCAUUCUCCGGCGGAAGCUCUACAUACACCGAGUCACCCUGCAGGGGCUGCUGUCAGGGGUCCAGUAUGUUUACCGCUGUGGCAGUGCUCAGGGCUGGAGCCGUCGCUUCCGCUUCCGGGCCUUGAAGAAGGGACCCCACUGGAGCCCGCGCCUGGCUGUGUUUGGGGACCUGGGGGCCGACAAUCCGAGGGCCCUCCCCCGACUGCGCCGAGAAACCCAGCAGGGCAUGUACGACGCUGUUCUUCAUGUGGGAGACUUCGCCUACAACAUGGAUCAGGACAAUGCACGUGUCGGGGACAGGUUCAUGAAACUCAUCGAACCCGUGGCUGCCAGCCUGCCCUACAUGACCUGCCCUGGGAAUCACGAGGAACGCUACAACUUCUCCAACUACAAAGCCCGCUUCAGCAUGCCGGGGAACACUGAAGGCCUGUGGUACAGCUGGGAUCUGGGGCCCGCACACAUCAUCUCCCUCUCCACUGAGGUAUAUUUCUUCCUCCAUUAUGGCCGCCACCUGGUAGAGAGACAGUUUCACUGGCUGGAAAGCGACCUCCAGAAAGCCAAUAAGAACCGGGCAGUCCGGCCGUGGAUCAUCACCAUGGGCCACCGGCCCAUGUACUGCUCCAAUGCUGAUUUGGAUGACUGUACUUGGCAUGAAAGCAAGGUUCGCAAAGGCCUCCGUGGCAAGUUCUAUGGGUUGGAGGAUCUUUUUUACAAAUACGGGGUCGACCUGCAGCUGUGGGCCCAUGAGCACUCGUAUGAACGCCUGUGGCCGAUUUACAACUACCAGGUACUUAAUGGCAGCCAAGAGAUGCCCUACACCCACCCUCGAGGCCCUGUCCACAUCAUCACAGGAUCCGCCGGCUGUGAGGAGCUGCUCACCCCCUUCACCCUCUUCCCGCGGCCCUGGAGCGCCCUGCGUGUGAAAGAAUAUGGGUACACACGGCUGCACAUCCUCAAUGGGACACAUGUCCACAUCCAGCAGGUGUCUGAUGACCAGGAUGGGAAGAUUGUGGACGAUGUCUGGGUGGUGAGACCCCUGCUUGGCCGGAUGAUGUACCUCUAGGAAUGGAGACAGCUCUCAUCAGGAACCCCGGGCCUUGCUGCCAGGCCCUAGAGGGGAGUCAGGGCGGGCCUCGACUCCUCUGCCGUCCUUGGCACCACGGAGGGUGGAUGCAGCCCCGAGAGAGCUGGAGCAGCUCUCACCUCCCAGAGAGCUGGGGGUCCCAGCCUGCUGGGUUGGGAGAGCAGGUGUAUGUACAGGGAGAGUGAAGCAAGACAGGUCAUGGGUGGCACCAUCCUGCCCUCCUGCAUAGCACUGACUGGGCGGAGUGUCCACAGGGCCUCGGGAAUAAAGAGGCUUAUGGCUGUGUC